AUGGCAGAUGAAAAUAUUAUUUUGUUUUUGGGUUACCAACUUUUUAUUAAAGAUAAAAAAAAAAUUAUUAGACAGAUGGGUAGACUUUUAAAUAGUGCACGUCCUUCCGAAGGUGCGUUCAAUAUAAUUUUUGAAAAUAUCAGAAGAGAUCCAGUGAAGUUUUUUAAUUAUUUCCGGAUGAACGUAUCGGAAUUUGAUAAGCUAUUAACUGUGUAUCUAGGAACACGACUUUUAGGAAUUGAUACUUACAUGAGAAAGAGUAUUACUCCAGCUGAAGUCUUGACUGUUGAUACAAGUAUUGAUAAUGACGAAUUAAUGAAUACUGAAAAUAAAACAACAAUUGGUCGCGUGUUUUAUUACUGCGUGUGUGUUCUCCAUCUAUCAUUAUAA